AUGGAACUUCAAGGCCAGACACGCUGCGGGUGUCACAUCCGGAAACUCAAUUGCCCGAAGCAAGUCGAAUUUGCAAAGAUACGCAGUCGCCACUUCCACACAUCAGCUGACAUUCGUCUCGCCACUGAUUAUGAUCCAGACAUAGAGCGACGGUGGCAGAGCAAGUCGCGGUGGAUAGUGUCGCGAAUGCGUCAUUCGUCGCGCGAUGGUUUCAUCGCCAAAUCGUUGACAAUGCCUGUUCUUUCUACAGUGAUAGAAGAAAGCACCACAGCAAGCCCAUGA